GGGCCCCGAAGCUUCUGCCCUUCCCUGGACUGGCCGGGGCUGGGGUGGGCAGGCAGUGCAGCCGGAGUUCUCAGUGGAGUGUGGGAAGGGAGCCGGUCCAGAAGAGACAAGUGGCACCGGAGGCAGAGGGAGGUGGCAGCCCUGGCACGGAGGGGCUGGAGCUGGAGCUGAUCCCGGGGCAGAGUCCAGGGCGGCUGAAGGCUCCUCCACACAUGCCCGCUGAACCCUGAGCGCCCUGAAACGCCGGGAUGGGGCGGGCGGAGGCAGCAGCCGCCAUGAUCCUGGGCCUGGCCCUGUUCUGGGCAGCAGUGCUGGGGGGUGCCACCCCCAGCCCCCCACGCCUUCGGCUCUCCUUCCAAGAGCUCCAGGCCCGCCAUGGUCUCCGGACUUACAGGCUCGAACGGACCUGCUGCUACGAAGCUUUGCUGGUGGAUGAGGAGCGGGGACGCCUGUUUGUGGGGGCAGAGAACCACGUGGCCUCCCUCAGUCUGGACAACAUCAGCAAGCGGGACAAGAAGUUGGCCUGGCCGGCCCCUGUGGAAUGGCGAGAGGAGUGCAACUGGGCUGGGAAGGACAUUGGUACGGAGUGCAUGAACUUCGUGAAGCUGCUGCACACCUACAACCGCACCCACCUGCUGGCCUGCGGCACCGGGGCCUUCCAUCCCACCUGUGCGUUCGUGGAGGUGGGCCACCAGCUGGAGGAGCCCCUGCUCCGGCUGGACCAGCGCAGGCCAGAGGAUGGCAAAGGGAAGAGCCCUUAUGACCCCAGGCAUCGGGCUGCGUCGGUGCUGGUGGGGGGAGAGCUGUACUCAGGGGUGGCUGCAGACCUCAUGGGCCGGGACUUUACCAUCUUCCGAAGCCUGGGCCACCGUCCAAGUCUCCGAACAGAGCCACACGACUCCCGCUGGCUGAAUGAGCCCAAGUUCAUCAAGGUUUUUUGGAUCCCGGAGAACGAGAAUCCGGACGAUGACAAGAUCUAUUUCUUCUUCCGGGAGUUGGCCGUGGAAGCCUCGCCGGCGCUGGGGCGCCGGACCGUGUCCCGGGUUGGCCAGAUCUGCCGGAAUGAUGUGGGUGGUCAGCGCAGCCUGGUCAACAAAUGGACCACGUUCCUGAAGGCUCGACUGGUGUGCUCAGUGCCUGGCACAGAGGGUGACACACAUUUCGAUCAGCUCCAGGACGUGUUCCUGCUGUCCACCCGGGACCGCUGGACCCCGCUGCUCUAUGCGGUCUUCUCUACAUCCAGUGGCGUCUUCCAGGGCUCUGCAGUGUGCGUGUACAGCAUGAGCGACGUGCGGCGGGCCUUCCUGGGACCCUUUGCCCACAAGGAGGGGCCCGCGCACCAGUGGGUGCCUUACCAGGGCCGAGUGCCUUACCCCCGGCCCGGUAUGUGCCCCAGCAAGACCUUCGUCACCUUCAGCUCCACCAAGGACUUUCCUGACGAUGUCAUCCAGUUUGCCCGGAACCACCCGCUCAUGUACAACUCAGUCCUGCCCGUGGGGGGGCGCCCUCUCUUCCUACAAGUAGGUGCCGGCUACACCUUCACCCAGAUCACCGCAGACCGUGUGGCAGCUGCCGAUGGACACUACGACGUCCUCUUCAUCGGCACAGAUGUUGGCACAGUGCUGAAGGUCAUCUCGGUGCCCAAGGGUGGCCGGCCUAACGCUGAGGGGCUGCUCCUGGAGGAGCUGCAUGUGGUUGAGGACUCAUCUGCUGUCACCAGCAUGCAAAUCUCCUCGAAGAGGCACCAGCUGUACAUAGCCUCGAGGAGCGGGGUGGCCCAGAUCCCGCUGCACCGCUGUGCUGCCCACGGCCGCGCCUGCGCCGAGUGCUGCCUGGCCCGCGACCCCUACUGUGCCUGGGACGGGGCCACAUGCACGCGCUUCCAGCCUAGUGCCAAGAGGAGGUUCCGGCGGCAAGACGUGAGGAAUGGAGACCCCAGCACGCUGUGCUCUGGGGCAGACUCGGCCCAUCCUGUGCUGCUAGAACGGAAGGUGUUUGGUGUGGAGGGUGGCAGCACCUUCCUGGAGUGUGAGCCGCGCUCUCUGCAGGCCCGCGUGGAGUGGACCUUCCAGCGCGCAGGGGAGGCGGCCAGUACCCAGGUGCCGGCAGAGGAGCGAGCGGAGCGCACCGCCCGAGGGCUGCUACUGCGCGGGCUGCGGCGCGCGGACUCGGGCGUGUACCUGUGCGCGGCGGUGGAGCAGGGCUUUUCGCAGCCGCUGCGUCGCCUGGCACUGCACGUCCUGAGCGCUGCGCAUGCCGAAAGGCUGGCGAGGACCGAGGACGCUGCGCCUGCUGUGCCGCCGGGCCCCAAGCUCUGGUACCGGGACUUCUUGCAGCUGGUGGAGCCAGGCGGCGGCGGUGGAGGCGCGAGCACCCUGCGAAUGUGUCGCCCGCAGCUUGUGCCGCGACCGCCGUCCUCCGAGUCCCGGAGGAAGGGCCGCAACCGGCGGACGCACGCCCCAGAGCUGCGUGCUGAGCGGGGACCGCGCAGCACAGCGCUCUGAUGAUUCGCCAUCCCCAGGCCAGGGACUGGGCAGGAGAGGACAGGGGGCAGGGGACAGACAGACCCUGGGACACUGUGGAGAGCUUUGCGCCAGGCACGCGGUGGUCCCCUGCUGAUGAAGACGGCGACGACAGGCCCUGGCAAAAGGGGCAGCUGUGCCAGCUUAUUUAUUAACAGAGGAUAACCCUUGAAUGUAGCCCCUGGAGGGGCGUCCCAGGCCGGGUUGGUCAGGGCAGAGAAGCAGGACUCCAGAGCAACGACCUGGGGAGAGAGGUCCAGGAAAGUGCCCACCCUGGGGGAAGGACUUCCUCCUUGGGCAAAGAGCAGAAAGCUGUGAACAAGCUGGGCUGGUGGGGUGGGGUAGGCCGACUGUACUAAUGCAAUAAACACGUUAUCAGCCAGCUGGAAUGGCCCCAGCAGAUAA